UUUACCAGGCUCUUGUGGGUCGCCGUCUUCGUUGGUCGGUGUGCCGAAAUUGUCAUCACCGUCGAUUGCUCCAGAUCCGCCUCCUGAACGCUUCACCUAUUCUACAGCUGUAAUUGAGGUGUCGACGUUAGUCAUUUUUCUUGAUCUCAUCGGUGAAUGCCGGCGGACGUACCACCAAUGACUAAUGGCUACCCUUUGGGUGGCACCUCCAAUGGCGUGAUGGACGCUCAAGGGGAUGCCGCAAUGCAUGGAGACAGGAUCGAGAAGAAGGAAGGAAAGGAUCGUGAGAAACAUAAGCAUAAGGACAAGAAGAAAGAUAAGCAUCGCGACAAAGAUCGGGAAAAGCACAAGAAGGAUAAGAAGAAGGAUAAGCAUAAAGACAAGGAACGGAGCAAAGACAAGGAGAGAAGCAAGGAUAAGAAGAAGGAUAAGCAUAGAGACAAAGAGAAAUCGAAAGACAAGGACAAGAAAUCCAAAGAAAGCAGAGGGCACGGUGAAAAUGACGUGAAAAAAGAUCGCAAGGACGAAAUCGAUUCCGCCAUCGACACAUCGCACGUGAAGUCCGAGUACGAUUCCGCGGGGUCGCAGAAUGAUUCUGCUGCUGAUUCCGACAGUCAGUACGGCUCACCAACACGUUCAAAGAAAAAGCCGAAGUAUUCCGACGACGAGGAUGACGAAGAUUAUGGUGCCAAGCCGUCUAAAGGGAAGAAGCGUAAAACCGGUGAUGAUGCGGAUGACGUCAAGCCAGCCGCCAAAAAAAUCAAGUCGGAAAAGAAAACGCCCAUUAAAUCUGAACCAGAAUCUCCUGUCAAGAAAGGUCGAAAGAAGAAGAAUGAAGAGGAGGAGCAGCAAGUUUGGAAGUGGUGGGAAGAAGAAAAGAAGGACGAUGGCGUGAAGUGGAAAUAUCUUGAACACAAGGGUCCAGUUUUUGCUCCCCCGUACGAACCCUUGCCACCGAGUGUCAAAUUUUUCUACGAGGGACGCGAAAUGAGGCUGAGUGAAAACGCUGAGGAAGUCGCCACAUUCUAUGCCAAGAUGCUCACUCAUGAGUAUACGACAAAGGAAGCUUUUAAUAAAAACUUUUUCAAGGAUUGGCGAAAAUCCAUGACGGAAAAGGAGCGAGAUACCAUCACGGAUCUGUCGAAAUGCAACUUUCGUCAGAUGAACGAAUAUUUCGUUCAAAAAUCUGAGGAACGCAAAGCUAUGUCCAAGGAGGAAAAGAAGGCGAUAAAAGAAGAUAAUGAAAAAUUAGUGGCUGAAUAUGGCUUUUGCACAAUUGAUGGUCAUAAAGAGAAAAUCGGCAACUUCAGAGUUGAGCCACCGUCGUUGUUCCGAGGGAGAGGCGAGCAUCCGAAGAUGGGAAAAGUCAAGCGGCGGAUAGAACCCGAAGAUGUAAUCAUCAAUUGCUCGAAAGACUCCAUGAUCCCGAAAGCUCCCGAUGGACACAAGUGGAAAGAGGUCCGUCACGAUAACACAGUGACCUGGCUGUGCUCGUGGACUGAGAAUAUUCAAGGACAGAUCAAGUACGUGAUGCUGAACCCGAGCUCGAAAUUGAAAGGAGAAAAAGAUUGGCAGAAGUACGAAACUGCUCGGAAGCUUCACAGAAUAAUUGACAGAAUUCGGGAAGACUACUGGAACGAUAUGAAAUCGAAAGAAAUGCGAAUUCGUCAGCGCGCUGUCGCCAUGUACCUUAUCGAUAAACUUGCGUUGAGAGCUGGUAACGAGAAGGAAGAAGGUGAAACGGCAGAUACAGUGGGUUGCUGCUCUCUCCGGUACGAGCACGUGAAGCUCCACGAGCACAAAGGCGGCAAGGAUCACGUCAUCGCCUUCGACUUCCUCGGGAAGGAUUCCAUUCGUUAUCAGAACGAAGUCUCCGUUGAAAAGCGGGUGUUCAAAAAUCUGAUGCUUUUCAUGGAGAACAAGAACGACGGCGAUGACCUCUUCGACCGGCUCAACACAUCAAUUUUGAACAAGCAUUUGCAGUCAAUAAUGGACGGAUUGACGGCGAAGGUCUUCCGUACGUACAACGCAUCUCGCACUUUGCAAGAGCAACUUGACAAGUUGACGGAUCCGGAUGACACCCCCGCUGGAAUCUUGUUGUCGUAUAAUCGUGCUAACCGCGCAGUUGCAAUCCUUUGUAACCAUCAACGGGCGGUACCGAAGUCGCACGCCAAAUCCAUGGAAAAUCUGCAGAACAAGAUCAGUGCCAAAGAAGAAGCUAUUGCGGAAGCAGAAAGGGAGCUGAAAGCCGCCAAGAGAGACGCCAAAGACUCCAGAUCGCAGAAGGAUAAGAUUGUCUUGGACAAGAAGUCUAAGGCUUUGGAACGACUGAAGGAGCAGUUGCAGAAGCUCCAGGUUCAGGCCACGGACAAGGAGGAGAACAAGGAAAUUGCUCUCGGAACGUCCAAGCUGAACUACCUGGAUCCUAGAAUCAGUGUGGCCUGGUGCAAGAAGUACAACGUGCCGUUGGAGAAAGUAUACAGCAAAACACAUCGACAAAAGUUCCGAUGGGCCAUCGACAUGGCGGGUCCUGAUUUCGUGUUUUAACGCCUGCAAUGAUGUGAGGGAAGGGUGAGCCACGGGAAAAAACGCGUGUCGCCCAACCGGUGGGCUGUAAGCAGGGAAACUUUCCCACUCUUCCCGGCCCCUCACGAGUUUCCUCUUCGUUGCCAUUUUUAGCGGUGGCAGUUUGCUGAUUUCCAUCCUUGAGUUUUUUUUGUUUUGUUUUUUCCGUCGCGCCGAUAGGAACGGAAUCGUUCACGAACGGGAAAGAUUUCUAGCUGCAGCUACCGUGAUUUCGCGCGUAUGUUUUGUUAUUCCUUUUCUCUUUUUUUUUUUCGUUCCACGUGUAUUUUGUGUGAAUGGUUUCGCGUAUUCAGUUUUUUUUAGGUAUAGGUCAUCUCGUUUGGAACCCGUGCACUCUUGUAAUAAAGAUUUAACUCGGUGUGUGGGAGUUUGUGAGAAUGCCAUUCCGAUUAAUUUAAUCCGUGAAGAGCGCGCGGUUUUCCCGAACCUUCUUGUAAAAUUUGACCUCAGAUAUGUGAUAUAUUUUGUUCAUCUGUACGUCUCGAAUUUUAAGUUGAGUUCCUCGGCUCCCGUUGGAUGUCCGUGGGACGCAAGUCGGACGAAAUUUUUGAUUCUGUGGAAAUAGCGACGGAAAGAGUUGGUUUAUUUUGAUUUGUUCCUUUCGAUUCGACGGAUAAACUUGAUUGAUCAGAGGUCGCGGCCGAAAGACGCCGGAAGUUCAAGUGAAAUGCUAUCGUAGUGGUGUAUUUAUGGCGUAAGAAUGGCUCCUUGUCGGUUUGUACCGUUUAGUGAAUAGGUUUUCUUGGACGUUUUGUUCCGAAGUUCUUCGAGAAAAAGGUGUGGAUGGAUGGUUGUAUCGUGGCUGAGCGGAUUUAAAUAAAGAGAGAUGAUCUGCGAGA